AUGGUGAUUAAAUGUAACCUUGUUGUCACAAGUUUAAUUAUUGAUCAAUUGUUAUUAAUUAUUUAUUUUCAGCUUGUAUUAGUACUUGGAGAUUUGCACAUUCCUCAUAGAUGCAGUAGUCUGCCGAGUAAAUUUAAAAAAUUGUUGGUACCUGGAAGGAUCCAGCAUAUUUUGUGUACUGGCAAUCUUUGCACUAAGGAGUCUUAUGAUUAUUUAAAAACACUCGCGAGUGAUGUUCAUGUUGUCAGAGGUGAUUUUGAUGAGAAUCUCAAUUACCCAGAACAAAAAGUCGUGACAGUCGGACAAUUUCGAAUCGGUCUAUCUCACGGCCACCAAGUAGUACCCUGGGGCGAUCCAGAGUCAUUAGCGUUAAUCCAGCGACAAUUGGACGUCGAUAUUCUCAUAAGCGGCCACACGCAUAAGUUUGAAGCUUACGAGCAUGAAAAUAAGUUUUACAUAAACCCAGGAUCUGCUACUGGCGCUUACAAUCCUCUUGACACAUCAGUCAUUCCUUCAUUCGUGCUAAUGGACAUUCAAAGUUCAACAGUGGUCACUUAUGUUUACCAGUUGGUUGGCGACGAAGUUAAAGUCGAGAGAAUCGAAUACAAAAAAAGCUAAACCAACCACAUUAA